AUGUCGCUGGCUAUGGAUAUGUACGAGAGCCUCGGCAAGAAUGCUCCGAAAACCUCCACUAUCCCCGGAGACGCGUCACGGCCUAUGUCUCCGACUUUGCCGUUGUGGUCCCUGCAGUCUAUGAGCAUGCCAAGUUCACCCAUCAUGCAUGCCUUGAUCGAUGUCUACUUUGAGAGGCUGCACUGGUUUAUCUGGAUCUUCCAUAAGCCUUCAUUUCUCGAACAGGCUAAGCUCAUUCUUGCCACCACAUCAUGGAGAAGACGAGAUAUGAGCAAGGUAGUAGUCUUGUUGACAGUCGCUGCGCUUGGUCUCAAAUGUGCUCUGCAAGACACCUCGAAAGAGGGACAAGACAUACUAGCAUCAAUAUCACCAGACCCUAGGACCAUGGUCAAUGAGAUGGUGGCGGAGAUACGGAUUCACUUGCUGGACCUGCUGGAUGAUAAUUGUAUCGAAACGGUGCAAGUGUGUCUAUUGCUCGGUGCUUACUACAUCUUCCACGGAUCCCCGAGCUUAGCCUGGGCCACCAUUGGACUCGCCGUGAGAACUUCGUACGCGCUUGCUUUACACUGUGGUGCUGAAACUGGCGAUGAAAUCGCAGAUCAAGUUAGGCGUAGAUGUUGGAAUCAUCUCACUGUGGCUGACACGUUUGCAUCCCAGAUUUAUGGUCGUCCUGCAUCCCUUGAUGCUGCUUUCUCAGACCUUCUGCCUCUGAAGGAGCUUGAUGACACUGCCAUUGACAUAUCCAAUGAGCCAGACAUUCAAGGUCAAGUCGGAGGCGAGGUAAUAGCCUUGACCUUCCACUGGCUCAAGUACAAGCUUUACCACAUUAUAAGAGCCACGCUCUCCAAGUUCCGGCUCUUGCGGCUUCAUACCCCAAUGACUGUGCAAGAGUUGCAGCACUUAAUCGCCGCAGUGGAAGAUAUUGAUGUACAACUAGAAGAUUGGCGCAGAUCAUUGCCUUCCUUACUUGAUAGUGAGAACAUGUCGGAUGAUUUCCCCGAGGACACAUCACCACGAGCAGCGUCUAGUGGUCAAGGAACAAGACACCGUCGUGACUUGCGCAAGGUGAAAUUGCAAGCCUGCCUACUUCAGAUCACCCAUGACGCUGCAACUAUCCUUGCACAUCGACCACUACUAGAAUACAGGGUGUCUUUUGCAUAUCGGCAGAACAUGUCAAAAAGGAUCGCCGAAUCCGUCUCUAGGUCAUUCGAUGUAUCUGUCAAAGCUGCUCUCAGGAUUUCCCUGAUUCCCAUCAUGGAGUUCAAGAAUGAGUUCUGCAUGGCUUUCAUCUUCAUCCAUCUCUUCACUGCUGGCGUCAUCCUCUGCAUCCCCCCAACUAGCCACCCUAACAGUAAUACUGCACAAGAAGCUAGAGAAGGUGUGUUUCGCAUCAUUCGAGGCGCCAAAGCACUACGUCAGCAUAGCCAAAUCGCUCGGCAUACUGAAAAGCUACUGAGUGAUCUCUUGAAGCUCAGUCUACAUCGUGAAGUUGAGCUAUCUUUCAAGGAAGAUCGCAAGAUAGACCCUCGACCGAGCAUGAGGCAGAAUGAGAACGGAAAUUCAACCGUUGACAAUAAUCAACUACCGGCGUCGCCGCCAAGACUCGUUAACUUGGCUCAAACUGAUGGCAGAUAUAGCGGGGAGCUAUUGGCAACAGAUCCUCAGACCGAAUUCAAUAGUGACAUGCAAUUGGGGGGAUCAGAUGUACACUCCAACACAUUCGACAAUGUGUGUACUGGAUCGUAUCCAAUAUUUGACAAUCUUAUCGACUCUAAUGGUUUCGAGAUCGAGUCCCUUGACUUGCCGCUUGAUGAAGCGUUUGGUCAAUUUGGUCAAGUAAUGUUUAACCUCAUGCCUGAUGAUCCUCUGAAUAAUUGGGGUUGGGGAAAAGGGAGCAUAUAA